GCUGCUAGUAACCAUAGUAACCAUGUCGGCACUGAUAGCUGCGAUUGGGGUGGGAACUGCUGCUAUAGCUCAAAUGGUCCUCAUGAUAAUGGUUCUAGGACUCAAAGCAUCUGUGACCUGGAUUGGUGUUUUACAUCUGGUUAUGUUCCUCAUUGCUCUCGCGCUACUCGGACUAAGAAUAGCUCAAAUUUGUGCCGGUGGAGAGGGGUCCUUCUACAAGAACAACGUAAAGUGUAUCCGUAUAGCCACCAUCGUACUCGGUUCCGUCUUGGCACUACUGAUGGGUAUCAUCUUCGUGCUGACAAUCCUCCAGGUGAUUAAGAUACUGAAGUUGAACGACACUCACAACGCGGGCAUCCCCAUGACAGGUUCCUACAUUCUUGUAGUGGUGGGCGCUUUUGCGCUCAUUGGCCACCUUGUCAACACCUCUGUAGCUUGCUGCAGUGCAGACAACGGAGAUCAGGCUUAGGGGAGUUACUAUGGAGGUUACUAGGGAGGUUACUACGGAGGUUACUAGGGAGGUCACUAGGGAGGUCACUAGGGAGUUACUAGGGAGUUACUAGAGAGGUUACUAGAGAGUUACUAGAGAGGUUACUAGAGGAGUUAUUAGGGGGUUACUAAGGAGUUACUAAGGAGUAACUAGGGGAAGGGGGUUUAAGUGGGGUUUACUAUGGAGUAGUUUUACUAUUUACUAGUACAGGUUUACUAUGGAGUUGCUGGUAGGGGGAAAGGAACUGUGGGGUUACUUGAAAAUUACUAAGAAGUUUCUCUGAAAAUCUAAAGACUUAUUACUAAGUGUUGAAAGCUGAACUGAAAUUUAAAUAUUGUAUUUUAUUGUAAAACCUGUUUAAUGAUAUGCUGGGAAUUCGAUUAAUGUGUAAAUUGAUUGAGUGAUAUUUUAAUUAGUGAUAAUUCUAAAUACGAAACCUUACAAA